CGAGAACUAUCACAUCGUGUAUGGAAAGAACCUGUCAACGUGUGCACGUAACCUGUGACCUGGUUAUGCCCUAUCCUUGAGCGUGAGUGAUGUCAACAAGAGUUGCCGUGGUCACAGGGGCCAAUAAAGGAAUCGGACUUGCUAUGGUGAGGGCGCUGUGCAAGCAAUUUGAUGGUGAUGUGUAUCUCACAGCAAGGAAUGAAGAAAGAGGAAAAAAAGCUGUAGAGGAUUUAGAAAAAGAAGGUUUGCAUCCUAAAUUCCUCCAGUUGGAUAUCACAAGCCAAGAAAGUAUUGAAGUUAUCAAGAAGACAUUGGUAGAACAUUAUGGUGCAUUGGAUGUCUUAAUCAAUAAUGCGGGAAUACACUACUCCCAGGCAAACGAUCCCACACCGAUUGGUAUUCAAGCGCAUAAUACAAUCACGACCAAUUUUACAGGUACCCGAAAUAUUUGUCAAGAAUUGUUUCCAAUCCUCAGACCACAAUCCAGGGUUGUUCACAUCUCAAGUGAAGUAUGUGAAUUAUCAUUUAAAGGAAUGAGUAAAGACCUGCAGAUGAAACUCACAUCACCAGCUCUAACGGAACAUGAAUUGGCGAAAAUAAUGGAAAACUUUGUACAUACUGUGGAACAGGACAUCUAUAAAGCAGCCGGUUAUCCCAGUCCAGUCACCUCAGGCUUCUAUUUCUCACAAGCAUAUGGGGUCUCUAAAAUAGGUGUUAGUUUAUUGGCUGAACUGCAGGCGAAGUGCAUAAUGAAAAAAGGAAUCCUUAUAAAUUCUUGUUGUCCUGGUUGGACGAGAACUGAUUUGGGAGGCAACAGAGCACCUCAGUCACCAGACGAAGCAACAGAGACACCGAUGUAUUUGGCUUUAUUGCCGCCAAAGAGUGAUGGGCCCCAUGGGAAGAUGUUUAGGAACAAGACAAUAUACAACUGGCACUCGUAA